UUUUUAUAAAGUAAAUAUGAAAACAACCACUGUGCAAUUCGCUGCUUUGGUUUGACAACAGCUGAGCUUUCAUGUCGGCUGUUUGUGGAAAUGACAAGUAAAGGCAGAAACCGUAUCGAAUCCGAUAUAGAAAAAAGUAGGGAGGAAUCAAACUGGAAACGAGUUAUAGAUCUUGCAGAGCAACUGAAACUUAGAUCUCCUUCAUCAGAAUGCCUGGCCAAUUUUUUGAUUGGCGAGGGCAAGUUGGAGCUGUACUUGCAGGAGUUCCCGCCCGUGGACGCGAACAUCAGCCGAGCUCGCUCGGGAUUGGCCGAAGCUAAACGAUUCCUGCUGAACAGUGUCAAUGAGCAGGGCAAGAAGGCGGGGGUGUUCCUGGACGCCAACCUGCUGCUGGGCAAGUUGCACUACGCCAUGGGGCUGCACGAGGAGGCCCUGGGACACUACCAGCAGGCGGAGCUGCAGUCGCUCACCGAGAAGAGCCUGCCCAGCCGCAGCCUGCGCAUCGUGGCCGAGUCCUACGCCAUCAAGGGGAUGUGCCUGGAGAAGGUGCCGCCCUCGUCGUCCUCCAAGUACAAGCAGGCCGAGUGGGAGGAGCAGAUGGUGCAGUGCUUCGAGCUGGCGGGAGACCUCACGCUGCUGUACCUGCAGGAGCAGGACAAGCUGCAGCAGUCCGCCGCCUCCGGCACAGGUUCGUACUCGCCGCAGCCGCCCCACCCGGAGCGCCAGAUCGGCCCCGUGCUGGAGACUGCGCUGCAGCGCGCCCCCAUCCUCCACAUCCAGGGGGGCCAACUGCAGUCGGCCGUCGCCAGAUACAGGACGAUGCUGAGCGCGGUGGAGUCGAGCGCGACGCACAGCCUGCGCCUCACGCUCACUCGGCAGCUGGCCGAGGUGCUCCUGAGGGGUGUCAGCGGGACAGUGUACUCCGCCCCGGACGCCGGCCCGGACACAGCGCCUGCCAAGAAGACCGUGCCAUCCGUGCUGUCGAAGACGUCCAGCCCCUGGAAGCCGCGCAAGUACACGGGCAUCAACCUGUUCGUCCCGCGCAACGAGAAUGAGGAGAUCCUCCUUCUGCUGCUGAUAAGCGAGGCGAUGGCCGCCAGGGACGCCGUGCUCAGCCAGACCCCGGAGUUCAAGGAGGCGCGCAUGCGGGCCUACGACAACGCCACGGCCGUGUACGACCUCAUGGCCAUCGCGCUGGUGCGCUGGGGGCACAUGGACCUUCUGCGCGAGAGUUUCGAGCGGGCCAUGAAGUUCUCCUUCGAGGAACACCACGUGUGGACGCAGUUCGGCCUGUGCCUGGUGUCCAUGGGGCACUACGGCCACGCGCUGGCCGUGCUGAAGGAGGUGGCGCGGCUCACGCCCACCAAGGUCAUGCCGUGCCUGCUGGCCGCCCGCGUCUGCUACGAGCACCUCAACAAGGUGGCGGAGGGCCUGGAGUGGAGCAAGAAGGGCCUGACCCGGGACACGGCGUCGCCCCAGGGCCUGCAGUCCCGCUGCCACCUGCACGUGGGGAUCGGCCACUACCUGCAGGCGACCAGCGUGCACCUCAAGCAGGAGAGGCACCAGCUCAUAGCGGCCGCGCUCGACACCUUCCACAAGGCGGCGCAGAGCGAUGCCAACGACCACCUGCCGGAGUACUUCCUGGCGCUGCAGCACGCGGAGCUGCGCCAGCUGCCCGAGGCCAUGGGCCACGUGAAGACGGCGCUGAACCUGCGCGCGGAGCACGUGGCCUCGCUGCACCUGCUGGUGCUGCUGCUGUCCGCCCAGAGGCAGCACGGCGAGGCGCUGCAGCUGGUGGCGGCGGCGCUGCAGGAGUACCCCGACAACCUCAACCUGCUCAACGUCAGGGCCCACCUGGAGCUGCAGGGUCCGGGCGGCGAGACGGCGCUGCUGACUGCCAAGCACAUGCUGGCCCUGUGGAAGCAGCUGUACGAGAGCCAGGUGAUGGCGGAGAUGGCCAGCCACUCGGAGAAGCAGAGUGACACCCGCAGCGUCUUCCAGCUCUACACCUCCGAGAUGUCCGACAAGGACUCCAGCUCGCUGCACGCCCACUCGCUGGCGGCGUCGCGGGUGGAGCAGACGCUCUCCGAGGUCGCCUCCUCCCUCAACUCCUUCACGCCCCGCCCCGGCCCCCAGAAGGCCUGGCUGCUGCAGCUGCAGAUCUGGCUGCUGCUGGCCGAGAUCUACCUGUCGCUGGACCAGCUGUCGGCCGCCUCGUCCAGCAUCCAGGAGGCCUCCGCCAUCUUCCCCCUCUCCCACUCCAUCAUGCACACGAGAGGCCUGGUGCACGAGGCCAAGCAGGAGUACCCCGAGGCGCGGCUGUGCUUCGAGAACGCCGUCGCCAUCAACCCCACGCACCUCAAGAGCCUGCAGCACCUGGGCCUGAUCUACAACUACCUCGGGUGCCAUCGCCUCGCUGAGAAGAUACUGAAAGACGCAGCCAAGAUGGACCCAUCGGAGCACCACACUUGGUACAACCUGGGGCGCGUGCUGCAGUCCGUGGGGGACUACGACCGGGCGAGCGACUGCAUGGCGACGGCCCUCUCCGUCGAGGUGUGCAACCCCAUCCUGCCCUUCACGUCCAUCCCCGUCACCUACGACUAGGCCCCGCAGUACCCCGCCACAAGCCUCCGCGCCGUCACGGAAGAGAAGGUCAAGUACAUAAUAAUAUAAUAGUUUUUAUAUGCCGUAUUAAAAAAAAAAAAUGUAGUGUAAUAUAUUGCAGCAUUUUUAAAUAACCAUUUAGUUCUCAGGAGAUGAUUCAGAAUUUGUAUAAGUACACUAUAAUGUAAACGUUACUUUAUAUAUAUAUAAAAAAAAAAAAAAAAAAAAAAAAAAAAAACUUAGCAACAGUACCUAAAAAGUAAUGUAUAAGGAAGCAUAAAAACAUUUUUUUCAUAUUAAAAUUGUGUACUAUAAAAAAUUAAUUAAAAUUUUUUUCUAAUCAGUGGGUUGUACUUACAUGUGUGUACUGACAUAUGCUAUGAAGAGAAAUUAGUACAAAAAGUUUUACAUCAGAUAGUGUUAAUGAUUAACUUUUUUCACUGCAAUAUAAACACUUAUCAUUUAAAUUUCUGCACAGUUAAAAAUAAAUCUGUUGCUCUUGAUGCUACACAGAUUAUAAUGGUUCACUUCUUUGUUAUGUGGAGGUAUUUUUGUUCAUUGUUGCAUUUCUGUCAUUGCCUUUGUACUUAAGAGAUUGCAUGGUCAGCUUGUCAUUUGAACCGUAAAUGCUGACAGGUUGUUGGAAAAGUAAACUAUCAUGUUGUCAAAAUCUGUUUUGUUGUAAAUAAUAUUCAUCAACAGCAUCUGGUUCAACAUUCCAGUCUUAAUAGUUGUCAAGAAUUGUGAAAAACAAAAGCUGUGAGAUGCGGCAAACUGUUUCAAGUUUGUAUGUGAUUAUACUGCAUUUGUACUGUUCACAACCCAAACAAAUUGUAUAGAUUUUGUUAGCAAUUGACUCAUAGACCAGAAAUGCAUACUUGAAAGUCUAAAAAAAAAAGACACGAGGAUCAGUCAAUAAGAAACGAGACCAAUCGAUGUAGCUGAAAGGGACGAACAUAUGAAAGUGUGAGGGGGCGAGAUCUGGACUGUAAGGAGGGCUAGAUUUUAAAUGCAUUCUUGCGUUAUCUGUGCUGUAUGCGGCCGUGCAUUGUUGUGAAGCAAAAUCACAUUUUUUUUUUCUUCAAAAGUUCACGAUGUUUAGUGUGAAUUGCAGGCUUUAGUUUGUUUUCUAGCAUAUCAGAGUAAAAUUACUUUUGAUUGUUCAUUGGUCUUCAAGAAAAUCACAUAAAAUUGGGCCUUUAUGAGUCCCAGAAAAGUGAAAGCAUGACUUCGCCAGCAGAUUGGCUGGGUCUAGAAAUUUUUCCGCGUUGGAGAACUGUGUUUUUCCAUUCAAGGCUUUGUUUCUUCGACUCAGGCUCGUAAUAGUGAAUCCAUGUCUCAUCGCCCGUUAAUAUAUAUAUAUAAAUAAAAAUACAUAACUUCUUUCUCAGCGGAACAUCGACCUUAAAACUGCUUACUGAUUUGAAGCCUAGUGGGUGUUGGCACCCAUCUCGCGUAGGUUUUCUUGUAUCGCAGUUUAUUUUCCAACACUUGCAGACACUUUUGCAGCUAUAAUUUCAACGGUGACUCUUCUGUAUUCUCGGAUUAUAGCAUCAAUGCGAGAUUCAAAGGAGAAAGUGGCAACUUCGACUGGUCAGCCACUGCGCUGCUCAUCACUGAUGCUUUUAACAUCCUUGCAUGGAUAACAGUACCUUUAACACCUUCCGCGAAUAAAAAUCUAAUCACGGCACGUUGUUCUUCUGCGGUGCAAUUCUCAAUCAGACUUGACGUCUUGAACUGACUGAUUUAGAGGUUAUGUUCUUAUGUUUACAAAAUCUAAUUGAACAGCUGAACAGAAGUUAUUGCAAGGAUGCCAACUUAAACUUUAACAUUUAUUGAAUAAAUGGUUUUUGAGCUAAAUCAAUUUGUACUUAUUGAAUGACCCUUGUAGUUAAUGAAGAUGAUGGGUAUCUUUUGUAGCGACCACGUGCCUUUGUUGUAAGGUUAUUUGGUUGUUGAAGAGCUGGAAAAACCUUUAAAAAUGGAAUUAAUUAAUUUCAAUAGUGUAAAUGUAUGGUUCCAACCUGACAUGAAAAUUGAAAUACCUACAAUGUAAUUAUUAAGUGUCAUGUUUUAUUUUUUUAUUGGUUAUUUUAUGUUCAUAUUUUUACAAGACUAAAAUACAUAUAUAAUUUGACAGACUUGCAUAAUAUAACAAAUUUUAAUUGUCCUGGUAAUUAAUACUAACAUUUCCAUGAAAAAUGAUGUUAGUCUGAAAUUUUAUAGCUUAAUGGCAAAAAAAAAAAUGUUAUGUAAGAUCUACUUUGUUUUGUUUUCAAAGUUGCAGCUACCAGUAUACUUAUCACAGUAUAAACCAUAUUGUACAUCUGAUUGUCUAUAAAUAAUUAAUAGUAUGUAUGCAUAGUGUACAGUACAUGUUAUGUGCAUUUAUUUGUUAUGCACAGUGGUUGUUGAUCGUUAUAAAAAAAUAUGCUGUUUUCAUAACAGUAUAACCCAUAUUGUACAUUUGUCUAUAAAUUUGCAUAUUGUAUGUCUUGUCUAUAAAUAAUUAAUACAGUAAGUCCUCGGUUUACGUCGGGGUUACGUUCCUGAAAACCGCGACGUAAAUAGAAACGACGCAAAAUGAGCCAUGUUUCAUGCCACCGGCCGACCACGGCCCAAGGUCGGCCGGAAGCGCUGGCAUACAGACGUGACAACGGGCAAUUUUAUCAGCAAAUUACAACCGACAGCGUGGGAAACAAGUCCAACUAGUACUUCUCAGCUUUAUAGAAUGGUUAUUUAACCAGCUGCUUUAUUACCUUUAUUGAUUGAAAUAUAAAAACAGAUAUAUAGUCGUUUGGAAGACAUCUUAUGAAGAAAAAAUCAUAAAUUGCAGUGAGCUGAUACUGUAGGCCUUCUACAAACGCAUUUAAUCACGAUAAAGUUAACAACGGCAACUUUUAAAACUCCGGCCAACUCAAUGAUAUCAUAGCGAUUGAAGUGUAGAGCUGUAGCAAACCGUAUGUAUUCGUUACUGAGUAACGGGUGCGGCAUCUAGUAACGAGUAACGAAACGUUACACACGAAUGCAUUUCGUUACUCACAUUUUUCGUAUGUUUUACGCAUGCGCGCGCUUAUUCGUUACAAAGAACAAUGUUUGUUUAUUAAGAAAAGUAUAAUUUGGAAAUUCGUCGUCCAAGUUUUUUACUGUUUAUUAAAGGUAUUAUGUGUGUAGACAAAGUUUGAGAUUGGAACAGAAACAACGUAAGAAAGUAUUUUUUACAAAUUAUAAAUAUGUAUGUUUUUGUUUUUUUAUUAUCGCGUAUUUUCACGUUUUUUGUUCUUAUCUUAAAAGAGAUAUUAUAAUAAAGCUGCUCUAAUGAGAUUUUAUUGUUUCUUGGUUAACAAAAGCUGUUAAUUAUCAAAUACUUUUAAUUGUUUAUAUUCGAUUUAUUAUUAUUUACGCGACGUCAUACUAUACGCGUAUGAAUUACGACUCGAUUCGUUGCUGUUACAUAACAUAGCAUGUUAUGCGGUAUCAGAAGUAACGAGUAACGAUACAAAAGUAACGAGUACUAAUUGUUAUAGUAACGAAUACAUACGGGUACACUUUUUUUUAGUUACUUUUACACCUCUACUGAAGUGCCAAGGAGUUGGUAGAAAAGGGGUAGGAGAAAAUGCUGUGUCGUUGCGGGAAGUAGAUAACACUUCUACGUGCGAGAUACGUGGGUGGCCGAGCGGGCAGGCUGGUAGUAUUGCAUCACCGCGCGGAGAGCAGCGGAGAGCAGGAAGCGUCCCUCAUGAUGUACGAUAAGAUAAGGCGGUGAACGUGUAGCUUACGCUACAUAGCAUAAAUUAACUACCGAAGGAAACAAAGAAUUAUAAACGAAUUAUAUACGGUGUUUUGGUUAAAAUAAAGAUUUAUGGUCAUUGUAAACGACGUUAUUGUGAAUCAGCGACAACUUAAAUUGAAACAGUACUCAAACAUUAGCGACGUUAAUCCGAAACGACGUAAAUCGGUACGACGUAAAUAGAGGACUUACUGUAGUAUGUAUGCAUAGUGUACAGUACAUGUUAUGUGCAUUUAUUUGUUAUGUACAGUGGUUGUUGAACAUUAUUAAAAAUGUGCUUUUUUCAAAGUCGAGAAAA